CUCUGCUCGCCGCCGUGAGGGGCUGGACGCCGCGGAACCCCUGCUCGCCAUGGUGGGGCGCCGGGCGCUGUGGAACUGCUCCCUGCAGCUCGUCACGCUGCCCUCGGCAGCGGUUUGGUCAGGUGGAAUGCCGCAGCCGUUCAACAGCUCCUACCGGAGACCUGCAGAGCUGCCGCCGUGGAAGGGGUGGAGCGGCACCAUGGAGGAGGAGGAGAAGGAGGAGAAGGGGGAUGAGACUCUUCAGGGGCGGCAGCAGCGGCAGCCCAGGAGUUCUCCUGAAAAAGGUAUGGAUAAGAACACAGAUGAAGAGCAGCCUUCAACUGCCUGUAACCAGUACCCUAAAGAAGCAGUGAAGAAACGUCAGAAUUCGGGUCGAGGUUCCGGGGGCAAUGAUUCUUCCAGGACCUUCAGAAAAAGCUUCAGACUGGACUACAGAUUAGAAGAGGAUGUAACAAAAUCAAAGAGGGGCAAAGAUGGGAGAUUUGUCAACCCAUGGCCAACAUGGAAAUCACCAACCUUACUAAACAUUUUGAAAUGGUCCUUCAUGGAAAAAAAUAACAGCAAUGUGCCACGCUCAAAGCAGGAACUUGACAAAGAACUUCCAUUGUUACAACCUUACUUUAUUCAAACGCCAGAAGAUGCUGGGAAAACAGGAGCUGGUAUGCGAGUCACGUGGCUGGGACAUGCCACAGUUAUGGUGGAAAUGGAUGAACUUGUAUUUCUUACUGACCCAAUCUUCAGCGAGAGAGCUUCCCCCGUUCAGCUGCUGGGUCCCAAGCGCUUCCGAGGGCCCCCGUGCACGGUAGCGCAGCUGCCCAAGAUAGAUGCGGUGCUGAUCAGCCACACCCACUACGAUCACCUGGACUACAACUCGGUGGCCAGUCUGAACGAACGCUUUGGGAGCGAGCUGCGCUGGUUUGUGCCUCUGGGGCUCCUGCAGUGGAUGCAGAGAUGUGGUUGUGAGAAUGUGAUUGAACUGGAUUGGUGGGAGGAGAACUGUGUCCCUGGCCAUGAUGCGGUAACUUUUGUCUUCACCCCUUCCCAACACUGGUGCAAAAGGACUGUGACAGAUGAUAACAAGGUUCUCUGGGGCAGCUGGUCUGUCUUGGGACCUUGGAAUAGGUUUUUCUUUGCAGGAGAUACUGGAUAUUGUUUGGCUUUUGAACAAAUAGGUAAAAGGUUUGGACCUUUUGAUCUUGCAGCCAUCCCCAUUGGAGCUUAUGAGCCAAGGUGGUUUAUGAAAUACCAGCAUGUGGAUCCUGAAGAAGCAGUAAGAAUCCAUAUUGAUGUUCAAGCAAAGAAGUCUGUAGCAAUUCAUUGGGGGACCUUUGCUUUAGCAAACGAGUAUUACUUGGAUCCUCCGGUUAAAUUGAAUGAGGCUCUUGAAAGAUAUGGCUUGAAAAAAGAUGACUUCUUUCUCUUGCACCAUGGAGAAUCACGGAAUUUGAAUAAAAAUGAAAACUGAAACAGUGUCAGUUCCUUGUAAGCCCUGUUUGAUUUGAACUAGCAAUUAAUGUUACAAUACUAUAAUAAUGUACAUACACAAUAGAUUUUUUAGAUUGAAUUGGAUUUCUAAAUGCCAGGUUUGUCUUUGUUUCAGAACUAAAGCUUGCAUACCAAUUUAAUGACAAAUUUUACUAGUUAUAUUGUUUAUAAAUUUAGAGAGGCAAUCUAAAAGUGGUUUAUAUAUUAAGUGUUGUCUGGGAAUAACUUGCUCUGAUGUACACCGAUAAAAAAAAAAUUAUUUUUAAAUUCUUCAUCUUACCUGCAGCAGCAAUAAUAAC